AUUUUGGUCGUGACUCUUUCCGUUGGUCGGGUCAUCACAAAUUUUAAAAAAGCGACGUAGGCCAAAGGGUUUUUCUCUCAUUCUCCCUCUGUCUGCAUUUUGUUUUUUCAAAUACCCUCCCCCACCACUUCAUUAAUUGCCAUCUACAGCACUUCAUCCUGGCAUCUUUCAACCCGGUACCACCUCCCACUUCUCCCACGUUUUCUGACUUGCGACACACGCCAAUGUCCCCAGGCUCGUUGCCAACUGUCUCUCCGCUGACAAGUAGUCUGUACAACGUAAUGAUGAAUCAAAACAAUAGCCAAACUCCUCAGUCCAAUGAAGAAAUUUCUACUAUUUUUGUCGUAGGGUUUCCUGAUGACAUGCAGGAACGGGAAUUCCAGAACAUGUUCAUCUUCUCGCCAGGUUUCGAGGCGGCUACUCUCAAAGUCCCGAGCAAAGACCAAGAAGAAGAGAUGGGCUUGAACACCCCAACUACCAAUACUGUCUUGAGCGUAACUACACCUACGACCCCUUCAACGGCUGCUAACAACAAUGCUCGCAAACAAAUUAUUGGAUUUGCGAAAUUUCGUACUCGAGUCGAAGCGUUGGAAGCGAAGGACAUUUUGAGUGGACGCAAAGUCGAUGCCGAGAAAGGGUCGGUUUUAAAAGCAGAAAUGGCUAAAAAGAAUUUGCAUACCAAACGUGGUCUUUCCAGCGAUCAACAACAAGCAACUGCGACAGCGAAUCCACCCAGUGCUGGUUUCCCAAUGGCUCCACAGGCCAUUCAUCCUCAAAAGCGAUUCCCAGGAAACCCGUCGUCGGCUUACGAAGCAUUUUAUUCGGUGCCGGCACUGCCUAGUGACUUACUGUCACCCAACGAAUAUCCGUAUGACUUUUACUCGGACGUAUUUUCCCCCAGUACCCCUACUGCUUCUGCAUUCAACGAUCCGUCGUUUGUCUCACGUGCCCAGUCAUUUGAUGCUCGAUCCUCUUCUGCGGCAACCGAUACUCUUGGCGGAUUGAACAACACUUCUAAUGGAAAUGGAGGCCUGGUGUCAUCCUCUUCGGCCCGUACUCCUAUUGGGUUUAAUCCCGGUCAUCGAUUCUCCAAAGGGUUGAUUGAUUUGGAAAAUGAUCCUACCCAUCCUCUCAGUUAUUUAUCCAAGUCUACGCCGGUUCAAAGUGAUCGUGGAUUUAGCAGUAUUGCUUUGUUCGGCAGCUCAGCUUUGACCAAUGGAUUGAAUGGUGCUCCACAGCAAAGCAUUAGUAGUGUCUUGGACGAAGCUUCACCCAAUCCACAAGCAGGGCAGACGAGUCAACGUGAGACGCCACAACAGCCUCCCACCGCCCGAUUUGGGUCUCUCAGCAUUAACACUAGCCCGGGCGUCCAAAAUGCAGGCAACACCAAUUCUUCAUCCACGGCAGGAACCAAUGGGUUGCCUUCACCUGGUCUUAGCUCGCCUGGGUAUCGUGGGGUGACUAUGAUCCCAGCUCAAAAUCCCGCUGAUCAAAACCCACCUUGCAAUACUUUGUAUGUAGGUAAUUUACCUCCUAAUACCAGUGAAGAUGAACUCAAGGCGUUGUUCUCAAGAUGCGUUGGAUAUAAACGCUUAUCAUUUCGCAACAAGCCCAAUGGCCCAAUGUGCUUUGUUGAAUUCGAGGAUGUCGCCUGUGCAGCGCAGGCGCUGAAUGAUCUUUAUGGCAACCCUCUUAGCAAUUCUGUUAAGGGAGGCAUCCGACUCUCCUACAGCAAGAAUCCUUUGGGCGUACGUCAAAAUCCAACUAGCAAUAGCAAUAAUAACAGCAAUAACAGCAGCACCUCAACCAGCAAUAACACCAGUAGCACAAUCACAACCAGCAACAUUAUUAACAGCAUCAACAGCACUAGCAAUAUAUCUAGCAACAACGGUAUUCCCAUUUCCAUGAUGAACGGUAGUAACAACAAUCAACAUAAUAGCUUUGGAUUCAAUCCUAUGGUUGGAGGCUUUUCUUUCUCUGACAGACGUGAAAGCUAUAGCUUCGACCCACAGCUGUCAUAAAAACCCCUCUUCCCCCAAAAAAAACCAAAGAGUAUAGGACGGACGACGUUGGACUUGUAUACCGAAGCGAAACCCACACCCCCACCCUCAAUGUACUUCUUGCCUCUUCACCACUUUUCCCUUUUCUUCUUUUUUAUUUUGUAUACACAACAAGCACACCCCACCCAAUUUUUUUUCCCUUCUUCUUUCUUUCCUCCUAUUUUAUUUUAUA